CAAAUUUCUAACCCACAGAAUGGAGAAGGAAGCACAUGACAAAACUAAUCCAUAAUGACUAACGUGCAGACUUGCCGAGUUCCCGUGACCAAGUUGAUGUAUGGUGAUUAUUUAAUUGCAUAAUACACAAAAGUGCAGAUGUACGUGGUACUAAGACGACUUGUGAAACCAGAGACAGAUCACAAAGCCAAUAAUCGAAGCUUAUGUUUCACCAUAUUCCAAAUUUUAAUACACACGACGCCACGAUAAGAUGAUAGGCUGUGUGAAAUAAUAGCAACAGUUGAAUUUUGUAGCAAGAACAAAACAUACCAAAUCAUUAUCGGUUGUUUCGCAUAAAUUAAAUACGGAUCAAACUCAGAAUCAGUUGAUUAAAUGUCAUACAAAUUCGUUGGACGUGGAUAAAAUGUCACAGUGCACUAAUAAACUUUUGAUGAUUCGUCCGGUUCGGUUUGGGUUUAAUCCAGAAACGGCUAUUGAUAAUGCAUUUCAACAACUUGAUGAUUCUGUGACCCCGAAAGAUGUCCAAAAGAAGGCUUUGGAAGAAUUUGACACGUUUGUAAACAAGUUGAAGGAAUGUGGAGUGUCCGUUCACGUGGUUCAGGACACCUUAAAUCCUCACACGCCUGACUCCAUAUUUCCUAAUAAUUGGAUAUCAUUUCAUGACGAUUUCACGAUUUGCAUUUACCCUAUGGCCGCCAAGACCCGAAGAUUGGAGAGAAAGUCCUGCGUCCUGCAAUACAUUGAGCAGGUUUUCCAAGUCAAAACUGUGCUUGAUUUAUCAAGAUAUGAGCAGUUUGGAAAGUUUCUGGAGGGGACAGGGUCCAUGGUUCUUGACCGGACCCAUCGAAUCGCCUAUGCCAGCAUUUCAGAGAGAACUGACGAAGAACUUUUUGAAAAGUUUUGCAAAUUAAUGGGCUUCAAGCCGGUCACAUUCCAUUCGGAAGAUGAAUUUGGAAAAGCUAUUUAUCACACCAACGUCAUGAUGUGCAUUGCGGACAAGUACGCCAUAGUUUGUUUGGAGGCAUUAAAGGACCCCUCCGAGAGAGAAAUGCUCCGUAAAGAACUGGAAGACUCGGGGAAAGUCGUCAUCAGUUUAGUUUACAAACAGAUGAACAAUUUUGGAGGAAAUAUGCUUCAAGUCAAGGUCAAGGGAGGCAAUAACUUGUGCGUGAUGAGCACAAAAGCGUACGAAUCUUUAGAUUUUGAGCAAAUUGCAAAAAUUGAAAAAUUUGACACUAUUCUUCACUCGGAUUUGACAACUAUUGAGGCAAACGGAGGUGGUAGCGCAAGAUGUAUGAUCGCAGAGAUAUUCCUACCACUAAAUACAUGAUAAUUAUUUGGAGACAACACGAUAUUACAAUUUCAAUAAUUUUAAUAAAUUCAUGUAUAAUGUUGAA